CUAUAGAAAUGUUUUAUUAGUACAUCAAAUAGUAGUCGAGUUUUGAAAGUUUCUUUGAGCCAAAAUGCGUGUUUACAAUCCAACGGUUGUCAAGUCAAACCCAUGAGAGAGAAACAGAGGAAACGGAGAAGGGAAGAAGAAAGAGAGAUCCAAGUCAAUGUUCAAAGCUUUUGGGCCGAGUUAAAAAUCAUCUACUAGGACAAUUCUUCCUUAUUACUGAUUCUCAACACAUUUGCCUUCUUUCUUCUGCUUCAUCUUCUUCUUAUUGCAUUCCACCCCAACACCCAUAUAUAUAUCUCUGCCAUAUAAUUUUUAAUGAUCUUUUUGUAUCCAAUUAGCUGUACAUUAGUAGACAAGGCCUUCUUUGUUUCUGAGUCAUUUUUGUUUCAAAUAUUAGAGCUUGUUUCUCGGAAAUAUUGAGGUGGGAUUGUUGGAAAAACAAGUUUGAUGAUUUCAAGGAUAUUCUUCUGAAUCCUUAAGGUUUUCUGUUUCUGUGUCUUUUUGGAUUCUUUCUUUGUUGUUGUACCUUUGUAGCUCCUGUCUGCAUAUUUUCGUAUUCUUCAUCUGGGUUGUGCUUGUUGCUUGAUUUGGGAACUUUUCAGCUAAAAAGCCUUGUCUGGGGUUCUGUUUCUUGGAUAAAUUUGUUUAUUCUUUUGGGUGGGGUGUGGGAAAUUUUUCAUUUUUGGGCCUUUUUUGGGCUCUGGCUUCUCUAUUCAAGACUGUUGUUGGCAGAAAGAGCUGCAUUUUCAGUUCAAAAUUGCAACUUUGGAAGGCUAAACCUUUUGAGAUUUUGAAGUGGAGGAGUUAUUAGUUUGACGUUGACUCCAAUGGCACCAAAAGACAGAAACAGAGAUGGUAAAAAAAAGAAGCUGCAUUUCAGCAAGAUCUACUCAUUUAGAUGUGGAAGAGGAGGUUUUAAAGAAGACCAUGGUAGUAUUGGAGGACCAGGAUUUUCAAGAGUGGUAUAUUGCAACGAACCAGCUGAUUUUGAAGCUGGUUUAAGGAAUUAUCCUGGGAAUUAUGUCAAGAGUACAAAGUAUACAGUUGCCUCUUUUUUCCCUAAAGCUUUGUUUGAGCAGUUUAGGAGAGUGGCUAAUUUUUAUUUUCUCGUUGUUGGUACAUUGGCCUUCACACCUUUAGCUCCUUAUAGCGCUGUUAGUGCUAUUAUUCCUCUAAUAAUUGUUAUUGGAGCGAGUAUGGUGAAAGAAGGUAUUGAAGACUGGCGCCGACAACAGCAGGAUAUGGAGGUUAACAAUAGAAAAGUUAAAGUACACCAUGGUGAUGGGCUUUUCCAAAAUACAGAAUGGAAAAAUCUCAGAGUUGGGGAUAUAGUUAAAGUGGAGAAGGAUGAAUUCUUUCCGGCAGACCUGCUUCUGCUUUCGUCCAGUUAUGAUGAUGCAGUUUGCUAUGUUGAGACCAUGAAUCUUGAUGGCGAGACGAAUCUGAAACUUAAACAGGGAUUGGAGGUAACUUCAUUCAUGAAUGAGGACGUAAACUAUAAAGAUUUUAAGGCACUUGUCAAAUGCGAAGAUCCAAAUGCUAAUUUGUACACUUUUGUUGGAAGUAUGGAAUUUGAAGAGCAACAACAUCCUCUUUCUCCUCAACAAUUACUACUUAGAGACUCAAAACUGCGAAACACAGACUAUAUUUAUGGGUCUGUUAUCUUCACUGGUCAUGAUACCAAGGUCAUUCAGAAUUCCACUGAUCCCCCAUCAAAGAGAAGCAAAAUUGAGAAGAAAAUGGAUAAGAUCAUUUACUUCUUGUUUGGUGUCUUGUUCACGAUAGCUUUUGUUGGAUCAAUUUACUUUGGCAUUGUAACGAAAAAGGACUUGGAUAAGGGACAUAAUAGAUGGUAUCUGAGACCAGACAGUGCCAAAAUUUUCUUUGAUCCCAAGAGAGCUCCUGCUGCUGCAACAUAUCACUUUUUGACAGCCCUGAUGUUGUACAGCUACUUGAUUCCAAUCUCCUUGUAUGUGUCAAUAGAAAUUGUGAAAGUUCUUCAGAGCAUGUUCAUUAAUCAAGAUAUCCACAUGUAUUAUGAGGAAACUGACAAGCCAGCGCACGCACGCACCUCAAAUUUAAAUGAAGAACUUGGUCAAGUAGAUACAAUACUUUCUGAUAAGACGGGGACAUUGACCUGCAACUCCAUGGAAUUCAUCAAGUGCUCUGUGGCUGGGACUGCUUAUGGGCGCGGUGUUACUGAGGUAGAGAGAGCGAUGGCAAAGAGAAAUGGCUCUCCUUUAAUGGUAAAUGGAAAGGAUGUUGUUGAGGAUUCCCCUAAGAGUGCCACAAAGUCAUCUAUUAAAGGCUACAAUUUUGAUGAUGAGAGGAUUGCGGACAGCAAUUGGGUGAAUGAGCUCCAUGCUGAUGUCAUACAGAAGUUCUGUCGCUUAUUGGCAGUCUGCCAUACUGCUAUACCUGAAAUGGAUGAAGAAACCGGAAAGGUUUCAUAUGAAGCUGAAUCACCCGAUGAGGCAGCUUUUGUGAUUGCUGCAAGAGAACUUGGAUUUGAAUUCUAUAGGAGGACGCAAACUACUGUUUCAGUGAAUGAGUUGGAUACAUCAUCUGGCAAGAAAAUUGAGAGGGAAUAUAAACUUCUAAAUGUUUUGGAGUUUAACAGCACUAGAAAGCGGAUGUCUGUUAUAGUAAAGGAUGAGGAAGGAAAGAUUCUAUUGCUCUCUAAAGGUGCUGACAGCGUCAUGUUUGGAAGGCUUGGAAAAAAUGGAAGGGAAUUUGAAGAUCAAACCAGGGAACAUGUUAAUGAGUAUGCUGAUGCAGGACUUAGAACUUUGCUACUGGCUUAUCGGGUGCUCAGUGAGGAAGAGUACAAAAUAUUCAAUGAAAAAUUUCUAGAGGCCAAGAAUUUAGUCACUGCUGAUCGUGAGGCAUUGAUUGAUGAAGUGACAGAGACAAUUGAGCAAGAUUUAAUUCUUCUGGGUGCAACAGCUGUUGAGGACAAACUUCAACCUGGGGUUCCUGAAUGCAUUGACAAGCUUGCUCAAGCAGGCAUAAAAUUGUGGGUUCUGACUGGAGAUAAGAUGGAAACUGCAAUUAAUAUAGGUUUUGCCUGUAGUUUGCUUAGACAAGGAAUGAAGCAGAUAAUAAUCACAUUAGAGACCCCUGAAAUCAUAGCUCUUGAAAAAGGGGAUGACAAGAAUGCUAUUGCAAAGGCUUCAAGGCAGAGCGUCAUCCAGCAGAUUACUGAGGGAAAGGCUCAGGUUAGGUCAAGCUCUGAGGCAUUUGCUUUGAUAAUUGAUGGGAAAUCUCUUGCUUAUGCAUUAGAAGAUGAUACAAAGAAUUUAUUUCUGGAGCUUGCAAUCAGCUGUGCAUCUGUUAUUUGUUGUCGAUCAUCACCAAAGCAGAAGGCAUUGGUUACAAGACUUGUUAAAGAUGGAACCAAGAAGACAACAUUAGCCAUUGGUGAUGGAGCGAAUGAUGUGGGAAUGCUUCAAGAAGCUGACAUCGGAAUUGGAAUUAGUGGUGUUGAAGGAAUGCAGGCUGUCAUGUCAAGUGAUGUUGCAAUUGCUCAGUUUCGAUUUUUGGAGCGCUUACUUCUGGUGCACGGACAUUGGUGCUACCGAAGGAUUUCUUCAAUGAUAUGCUACUUCUUCUAUAAGAACGUCACAUUUGGUUUUACUGUAUUUCUAUAUGAGGCAUAUGCAUCAUUCUCUGCCCAGCCGGCAUACAAUGAUUGGUUUUUGACCCUUUACAACAUUUUCUUCACAUCACUUCCAGUCAUCGCUUUGGGAGUUUUUGAUCAGGAUGUAUCUGCUCGGUUUUGUCUGAAGUUCCCAAUGCUGUACCAAGAAGGUGUACAGAAUCUUCUCUUCAGCUGGCGCCGCAUUAUUGGCUGGAUGCUAAAUGGCGUUUGCAGUGCUGUUAUUAUCUUCUUUUUAUGCACUAAAGCGCUAGAUCCACAGGCCUUCAACAAGAAUGGAAAAGUUGCAGGAUUCGCGGUCUUGGGCACAACUAUGUACACUUGUGUUGUUUGGGUUGUGAAUUGCCAGAUGGCUCUCGCUGUCAGUUACUUCACCUUAAUACAACAUAUCUUUAUCUGGGGUGGAAUUGCUUUAUGGUACCUUUUCCUCCUGGCAUAUGGAGCCAUAACUCCCAAGUAUUCCUCUACUGCAUACAAGCUCUUCAUUGAAGCCCUUGCCCCUGCCCCAGCAUUCUGGAUAGUCACAAUCUUUGUGGUUAUUUCGGCGCUGAUCCCUUACUUCUGUUACAAUGCAAUUCAAAUGCGGUUCUUUCCCAUGUACCAUGGGAUGAUACAGUGGAUAAGGCGUGAGGGGCGCUCAGAUGACCCUGAAUACUGCAAUAUGGUGCGACAGAGAUCAAUACGCCCCACGACUGUGGGUUUUACUGCACGUUCUAUGGCAAGAACGAAUCCGCUGGAUGGUAGGAAGCAAAACCACAGAUAACAUAUACAGGUCCCUCUUACUUUGAGCUGCUGUAGACUCUGAACCUCUGAAUUUUGCUGUAAAUUCAGAACUGUAAACGGUGUAUAUGAUACUGCGGCUGUCGCUACUUAUUGGCCCAUGGCCAUUGACUCCCAAGAUUAGCAAGUUCAAAGAUGAAACAGCAUUCAGCUGUACCAUCUGUGGAAGUAGCAGAAACAAGCCCAGGAAGUUUGUAAAUGUUGAUAAUUAGCGAUAGAAGCUAUGAUAUAUUCAUUCGUUUUAAAUGUGUAUUUUGUAAAUUAUCGAUAUAUACAUCAUAGAAAGGCAGAGUUAUGGAUUCUUUCAUGGGGAAGGGAUAGUUUUUCCUUCCAAUCCGGCCCUCUUGUUCAUGGUUUACUCUUCUGUAAUAGCAGUUCAUAUCUUUUGAACAAUAAAGAAGUUCUAAUCUCUCAUUCGAACUCGCCA